AUGCUGCUUUCCAAAAUAAAAAGAAUUGCAAAUUUUUUAUUGUUUGGUGUGGUAAUGAUUUUUUAUUUCGAAGGAAUUAUAUUGUUAGGUUUUUUAUUGAUUAUCAUAACAUUAUUAAGAGUUGGAGAUGCUACAAAAUACAUAAAAAGAAUUUGGUUUCAUUUAACAAUAUCUGUCCUGUCAUUUUUAUUUCCAAAACCAAUUUAUAUUUAUUAUGAUCCCAAAAUUUUAAGAAAAACUAAGAAUAUUGUGAUAUCUAAUCAUUUAACUGAAUAUGACUGGCUUAUGCUUUUUACAGUACUUUAUCGACUAAAAAGAUUUGAUAAUAUAUGCAUUAUUUUAAAAAAUAGUCUUAGAAAUAUUCCUUUGCUUGGAUAUGGCAUGAAAUACUUUGGAUACAUUUUUUUAAAUAGAAAACUCGAAAAAGAUAGAGAAAUUAUUAGUGAAGGAAUAAAAAGGCUUAAGAAAAAUAAUGAAUAUGAUCUUUUAUUUUUUCCUGAAGGUACUUAUUUAGAUUCUGUAAGCAGUCAAGUGUGUAAAGAAUACAUGGAUAAAAAUCCAUGUAUUCUUAAUGGACAGAUAUUUCGACCCACAGAAGUUUUAUUGCCCCGUGUUACAGGAUUUAAUCUUAUAAAAGAAUCUCUUAAUGGAGAUGCUGAUGGAAUUAUAGAUAUUACAAUGUUAGUAAAUCCUUACAAGAAAUAUCCACAGGAUUAUUACACAUACACAAAAACAUUAACGGAUUUUACAGACAGGGUAGGUUUUGUAUUUUAUUUAGAUUACAUAGAAAAUUAUAAUGAUAAAAAUUUUAUUUAUAAAAGAUUUAAAAUUAAAGAUGAUAUUUUCAAGGUUUAUAAAAAACUAAAAAACAAAAGAAUUUCAUCUUUAUGUGAAUUUAAAAUGUUAACACAAAAAAUUAAAAAAGAAAAUGAUACAUUUAAGUAUGAAAUAAUAUACGUUCAUUCGGAAUGGGCACCAUUUUUUUAUACAAUAUUUAUAUAUACAGUACUUUUUGGCUAUCGCCUAUGUAAGAAAUAA